AAAAAAAAGACUGGUCAACUAGUAUUCGAGCUCAUGGAGAAAGAAUAUCAUUACAUCAAAGAUGUUCUGCUUCUGACCAUGAUUGGUGCUUGUGGAGAUGCUGGUGGAGACGAGAAGCGAGGUCAUCUCCUCUUCCUACAAAAAUACCCAUGGAUGCUUGUUAUGGACUACUGGAGUCAUCAGGUACAUACCAUUUAUAUUCUGGCAUGA